UUAGCAGUUGAUAUUCACUAAAAUAAUUGCAUUUCCAUGUUCUGUGUACUGUGGGAGACCAGAUAUAGUUAAUGCAGGGCCUGGGGAGACCAGAUAUAGUGAAUGCAGGGUCCGGAGAGACCAGAUAUAGUGAAUGCAGGGCCUGGGGAGACCAGAUAUAGUGAAUGCAGGGGUCCGGGGAGACCAGAUAUAGUGAAUGCAGGAUCCGGGGAGACCAGAUAUAGUGAAUGCAGGGUCCGGGGAGACCAGAUAUAGUGAAUGCAGGGCCUGGGGAGACCAGAUAAAGUGAAUGCAGGGUCCGGGGAGACCAGAUAUAGUGAAUGCAGGGUCCGG